CUGAAAUCCAGUUUUGGCACUAACCUAACCUUACGCCACUGGAAGUGGCACACAAAUGGAAGCAACGCCGGGCGGGUCAGUAAGCGGAGUCCCAUCCCUAUCCCUAUAGUAGUACCGCAGACGUCGCAGACUGCGAGCUGAGUAGCGAAUGUCUGCUCAGAAUUUCGACAGUACUCACCAUCCAACAAACUCAGAGUUCGCACUGCGAAGCGCUUUUCCGAUCGAGAGAAACCUUCUUCAUCUCUUUUUUCUCUUGCUUGUCCCUCCGCUGCCCUCCUCUCAUUCUGCCGGAGGUCCUAACUCGCUAUAUAUCUGGUUUCGUCACAGUGUACUCUUAUCUCGCAUCGCGACAGCGUGAGCACGCGCGACAAAAUCAUUCGUAUAUGCGCACAGACGCGCAUACAGAUCGCAGCAAGGGGAGGAUUAUAUUCUACGAGAAACACGUGGAGUCGUCGUAGGGCGCAUAUGCACACCUCGAAGCUGGCGAAGUUGAGAUACAUAUUUCCUGAUGCGGGAAGAAAUGACAGUGUGAUAUGUGAGGACGACGACGAGGACGAGGGCGAAGGCGAAGCUGAAGUUUCACAAAACAGGUUAAAGAGAUUCGAAACCGACGCACAAGGCAUUGUGUUCUCCAUUUUACUUCAGUACGAUAACUUAAAUCGCGUGAAUCACGUGUCUUCAUCGUGCCGGUGACUCUUGUUGUGUGAACUUUAACCCGACCACCAUGAAUCCAUCUCAACAAUACUGCCUCCGCUGGAACAACCAUCGCGCGAACCUUCUCAACGUAUUCGACGAGCUGCUCGCCAAAGAAGCGUUCACCGAUGUCACCAUCGCCGCAGAAGGCGGCACCAUCAAAUGUCACAAGGUGGUCCUGAUCGCGUGCUCGUCUUACUUCCAAAGCCUGUUCUCCGAGCUCCAGUGCGGCCACCCGAUCGUGGUGCUGAAGGACGUGAAGCUGUCGGAGAUCAAGGCGAUCCUCGAGUACAUGUAUCGCGGCGAGGUGAACGUGGCGCAGGAGCAUCUGGGCAGUCUACUGAAGAUCGCGGGAGUGCUGAAGGUGAAGGGCCUGGUGGAGGAGAACGCCGGCGGCUCGCAAGCUGACGAGCAGCGCGAGGAGGCGGUGACGACGAUGUCGCCGCCACCCGCCAUCAGCACAAGCACCGGCGGGCCGCCGCAACACACUCACGGUUCGCCGCCGCACUCUACCGGCAACUCCUACGGCGCCUUCUACGGUGGUAAGUCGCCCUCAAUCGAUCGGGGGCUGGACGUGAUGCCGUGGGCCGGGUUAUCGACCUAUCCCAGGAUCAACCCGUAUUCGCAGCGUCUCGGCAGCCACGAGAGCAACAUCGACUUCGCGACGAAAUCCUUCACGCAGCUCAAGCGCAAGCGGAGCGACAACAUAAUCGCGGCGCAUCAGCAACUGCUGUCGGCGAACCGUGACACGCCGAUCCUGCGCACGGUGCUUGAUAAGGGUUACCUGAACAUCCCACACGCCGACAAUCAUCAAGAGGGCCACUUCUGUGCGAACAACACCAGCUCGACGAGCGACGACAAACAUGCCGACUUCAUGCCGCACGCUGAAAGGGCGCAAAGCCCCUACGCGGAUGCUCCUGCGGUGGAAGAGGAGGAGAAGCAACGAGUCUCGCCGCAGUCGUACGCCGGCGACAAUAAGUCAAAUGUGGCAAAUUUCGCACAUCAGAGACCAGAGUGGAAGCGGUACAAGCAAUACUCCCGGGACGACAUCAUGCGGGCGAUCGAAGCGGUCAAGUCGGGCAUAAGUCCCGUUCAAGCGGCGCGCAACCAUGGCGUGCCAUCGCGCACGCUGUACGACAAGGUAAAGAAGCUCGGCAUCAGUACGCCGCGGCCCUUUAAGCGCGCGCCCAACGGCAGCAACGGCAACAGUGGCUUCUACGGCAACGUGAAAGGCAACAUCUAUAGCAACAGCUUGGUCGAAACCGACAACGAGCGCGAUACCAACAGCGCGAGCAUCGUGGAGAACGCGACGUCGUUCGAGAACGUCAAGGUCAAGGAUACGUCGCAAGGUCACAGCGACUCCGCGAUGUCGCAGGAUCACGGCGAAUCCACGAUGUCGCAGCGUAACAUGAGCCCGACCAUACGCGUCAAGCAGGAGCUGAAGCUGGAGGACGAGGUGGAGGAUCUGUCGCUGAAUCGUAAGUCUGACGUUCCAGUGAUAAUGCCACCUGCUACGUCGAGCGUAGUCCAUGAGGAGUCGCAGGACGCGUCUGUGUCGAACGAUCGUCAAGACUACAAUUAAUUUGCCUCUUGUUUUCGAACGCUGCGUUCGAUAUUCACUGCCAGUAUUAAAAAUACAUAGUUUGUGUCGCAUAUAUUAUAGCUUUUUAGUGCUGGCAGUAAAUAUCGGAACGCAACCUAACUUUGCCUGCUCAUCUUCACCACGGCGUUCCCGGAAGCCUCUCUCCGUGGCUCUUGGUGCUAGCCACGGCAAAUGCCGAAGAGUCCAUGCUGAUAAUCCUUAACGUUAUAAAAGCUAUAAAGGACUAUAUUGAAACUUGCUUUAAGAAAGCAAGUUCCAAUAUAGUAAGCUAUAACAAAAGAAGCAGUCUUUGCUUCUCGGGCGUAUCGAUGCACCAGCUACGAUCUAAAAUCUUAUACGUCAUGCAGGAUAUCGACUACAUGUACAGCGGCUGUGGUCUAUUGAAUAUGGUUCAUAUGAAAGGAAGUUAAUUCCUAAACAUUCGCGUGGGCAAAGUAACAUUUCCUUUUUCCUCAUUUCUUAAGAGAAAACGCAAUACGAGGAAAAGGUGCGUUUGAAGCUUUCGACUCAUUCUGGAGCCGUCUCUUCCUUUAGGGAGAUCGUCUACACGUGAUAACGAAUAAAAGAAAAUAAUAAUAAUAAGUCGAAAAACGCAGCGUUUUUGCGACAGCAAUAUCUGUUGUUAUCUCGAACAAUUGCCGCUUUUUACCGGGAUAUUGUUCGUCAUUGUUCACUUUAAAGUUUUUGAUUGCGCUUUAAGAUCUCAACAUUGAAUGAUAUUCAAGGUAAUUCUAAAAUCUACGGCGUCCGUAUCACUUGAGAACUUACGGCAAAGAAAGAAUUUCCGUCACUACCUCCGGUUUCCUGCCUUGUACAAGACUGAGCAUACGUCGUAGAUAAGAGACUGAAUAAUUGUAUAGCGCUGCGUCCCAAGUUCAUCCAGGUCCAUCUCAAGGAUUAUAAAAAUAAUUUUAAUAUUAUUUUAUUAUUAUGUUAUUAUUAUGCAAAAUAUCUUAUUUUAUUGUUUUGGAUAUUUCUUUCAUGCAAGAACGAUAAUGCCUGAUAUCGUUGAAGAGAAAUUGCAAAAUGUUUUUAAUUCAGAGUACAAAGAGGCAAUCGAAGCAUAUCGAUCAAAUCGUCCACAAUAGACUUAUGCUGAUCUCCAGAGAUUCUCGUUUUCCCGCUGUAAUCGCUAACCUCACAGGUAAUUACGUGGGAAAUUCAGAACUCGGUGUACUCUCCGUGUUCACGACAUUUUGCAUAAGUUACGCGCUGCGCACAAUUUUAUUAACGUUUUUCAAUUGUGUGUCGACUUUCAUGUAAGAUAAUUUAAGAUUAUAUAUCUCAUAAAUUUAAUUAUUAGUUAUUCCUUUAGCAUCGAUCACGGCUGCGGGAUAUAGUUGCAAUAUUGCUCAAGGCACAUCAUCUCAUGAUAUCACGAUUGUAGCAAGCAGUAUUUGUUGAGCUGCGCGAUUGUAUCGGAGGUGCGAGGUGUGAGAGAAAUUUAUAGUAAACGUGAGAACGUUACCCCUGCGGAAAUUGGGUAACAUUUGCAACUUGAAAAACGUUUAGGGGGUUAGAGCGCGGAAGACACCUCGGUCAGCUGCACCUACAAUCGAGCUUGCUACGAUCUUGCAUAGCAUGAUAAUACGAACUACCUCAUUGUAAGUGCAACGAAUAACAUUCAAUUAAGACUCAUUAAGACUGAUUAAAAAAUGUUACCGAUUAAAUUCAUAGUUUUACC